AUGAUGGCCAGUCUGACUGAUUUUGUCGACCUCAACUCGUCGUAUCUGGCGUUGUCCGCCGCGACUAUUGCUUUCAAUCCAAUCUUUUGGAACAUUGUUGCCCGCGCAGAAUACAACAACCACAUCCUGACUCGCAUUUUCGGCGGUCCUUACAGAGGAUGCUAUGCCCUGGCUGUUGCCAUAUUUUCCCUCGGUAUUCUGCGUGAUCAUGUCUACAAACUCGCCCUAGAUGAGCAACCUUUCUAUGCCCCGGUUCACCAACCUCUUAUUGGCGGAGUUCUCUUCGCCUUGGGAUCCGUCCUUGUUCUCUCCAGCAUGUGGGCACUCGGUGUCACUGGUACAUAUCUAGGUGACUACUUUGGAAUCCUUAUGGACGCUCCCGUCACUGGCUUCCCCUUCAACGUGACCGGCUCGCCGAUGUACUGGGGAAGCACCCUCAACUUCCUCGGUGUCGCCCUCUAUGAAGGCAAGGUCGCCGGCCUUCUUCUAACUGCCCAGGUCUUUGUACUUUACUGGUUCGCCCUGAAAUGGGAGGACCCUUUCACUGCCGAAAUCUACGCCAAGCGCGAGCGUGAGCGUGCCAAGAAAUCCGGCGGCAAGAAGCAAUAA